UGCGGAAAGACAUACUUGUAUUCUGCGGGGAUUUGGACGUUAACUUCGUCGUAACCGUUUUUGACCCCAACAUGGUAGUUGAAGAGAAUUUAUGUGGUUUCGUCGGGUUGACAGGUAUUUGUUCUUAGAGGAAGUAUAUUUGAAAAUAUGAGAGAUCUUGAAAGAAAAAAAGAUAUAUGAAGUUUUCAAUCCUUAUGAUUGUGGUGAUGGUAUUUUGUAGGGUUUUUUUGAGUGAAAUUGAGAUUUUUUCUUAGAAGAGAGAUAGUCAAAAGGUUUCAUAGAUGAAAGAGAAAGAGUGCUAUAAUAAUUUCACAUUUCAAAAUCGUGAAGAAGAUUAGGAGAAAAACUGUUUAUUUUCUGACAAACAAAGAUUUUGUAAAAUAUGACCUCAUGGAUCUAAGAUCUUAUCGAAUCUAGCUAUAAUAUUUAGGCAUUCGUAAGAAAAAAAAAUGACUUAAUUAAGCAUAGGAAUAACAUGGUUAUAUACGAAUGUGUACAGUCUUCAAAUAGUUGCGAUUGGUAUUUUGCUAAAUAGGUUAUAAUGUUUUGGUAUGCGUACUAAUUUUUAGUCUUUUUUACAUAGAGUUUAAUUACGAUAAUUUAUUCGUGAAUUCCUUUUUUCCAUUGAUGCAUUAAAAAUAAUUUACGUAUUUGUAUUAUUGUAUAGUCCGUUAUACCAGAUUGGUGGACUUCAAUUUCGAUUACCAAGUUGGAAUUUAUUUUGUUUUCUCGUGGUUUACAUAAAACACAUUCGAUGUGUUUUUUUUUUAAACAAACACAUAAAUGUGAGUGUGUAUAUAUAUACGCAAGCACAACGUUGUACAUACACACAAGAAAAAGAAAAAGAGAGAAAAUGGAGAAUCCUCAGGGUCAGAGUAGAAACAAGAAAAAGAGGCUAACACAAGAGCAAGUUAGAAAACUGGAGAAAUGCUUCACGUUGAACAAUAAACUCGAUCCAGAUCUCAAGCUUCAACUUUCCAACACGUUAGGGCUACCUCAGAGACAAGUCGCAGUCUGGUUCCAGAACAAGCGAGCAAGGUCCAAGACUCAGUCUCUCGAGCUCCAGUACUGCAAUCUCCAGUCCAAGCUUGAAGCAGUUCUCUCCGAUAAGGCAAAGUUAGAACAUCAAGUGCAGUUUCUCCAAGAUGAGCUGAAGAGGUCUAGAAAUCAGCUUGCUCUGUUCACGCAUCAAGAUUCUCCUGUGGAUGAUUCUAAUCUUGGUUCUUGUGAAGAAGGUAAUGAUAAUCAAGUGGUGGUCUUUGACGAGCUUUAUGAUUGUUUCGUUACAAAUGGACAUGGAUCCUCAUCAACCUCAUGGGCCUGACUCUGUUUCAACACAUAUGAGAUUCCAAUAUUUAAUAUUAUCUCAAUUGUAAUUAUAGUCAUGUACUAAUAGAGUGUGUGUGUGGAAAAUGAAAAGAAAGAUGAUUUUUUUU